AUUAGGUAUCAAAGUAUUUUCUAGAAUUAUUGAUCUGUAUCCGGUAUUCCGGCAUUAUUGAGUAUACCUAUUUGUAUUUAAGUUCAUCGUAUUCGUUCAUAUAUGAAUUAUGGUAUUGUUGUUAAUAAGUAUAAUUAAAUAACUGUUGUUUUACUGAAGUAUUUUUGUAUAAAAAAAAAAUUCAAUAUAAAACCUAAUUAAUUGCAUGGGAUAAUUUAUUUGGAUAAUAAUAAUAGACUGUUUAUCAAAUAAUCAAAAUGGUAAGUCAAAAUAAUUUGUAAAAUUAAAAACAACAUUAACUUUCAAAUGUUACAGCUUUGAAUUGAUGAUAUCUUAGAAAUAUCAUAAUUAAAUAAAAUUGUAUAAUAUUUUUGCAACUAAUAAUUUGCCUAUUUAUUAUAGGUAUUAUAAAUAGCAAUUAUUUAUAUUUAUAUGAUUGAAAAUAUGGUUUUAUCAUUUAAUAUUUUUUCUUAUGGUAUUAUAUUAUUUGGAAUUAUAAACACAAUUAUUAUUUUGCCAUACUAAGACGCCCCGAUUGUAAAUAAAAUAAAAAUUUAUUGAACUAUAUACUUAUUCAUUUAACAACUUUAUACAGUUAAAAUAUCAUUGUAGUUACAUUUAUAUUUUUAUUAUUUGCAUAAUUGAACACUUUUAAUUGUUGUGAGUAUGUUACGUGAAUGGAUUAUCAUACCUGAUAAAUUAUUAUUUUGUUCAUACUUUGUAUGUUUUAUUUUAGAAUAAAAAGAAUAGUAAAAUGGAUUCAUUUCAAAUAUCAAAAACAAAAUGUGAUACAAUUAAAUCUAAAGCUGUCGUUAAAUAUUCUUCAGUUCUGCGACCAGCUAAUUUUGCUCAUCUUCAAUGUAACACUGAUUUAAAUUUACCACCAUCAAAUUGGUUGAGCAGUACAGCUGAGUCAUAUGGUUUAGGUCAUAUAUUUUCUCAUUCAGAUGGUUUUUCCAGGUAAGGGAUUUAAAACUUAAAAUAAUAUAUGUACCCAAAUAUAAAAUAAAAACAUUUUAGUUUUCAAAUGGCUCAUAUGUUUCCGGACUGUAUUGGUGAAGUAGAUGUUGUGUCAGAUGCUGAGAAUAUAAAACGCCUAUUAAAAAUACCUUACAGUAACAAAUCUGUAAUUGUCUCCCUGUUCAAUUAAUUAUAUUUAAUCAUUAAAAAUUAACCUAUUUAAAAUUUUUUUAGGUAAGCAUGAUGGUACAUAGAAUUGAAAAUACAUUACUUAUUGAUGAAUUUGAUGUACACAAACACUUAAUGGUGCAAACAGAAGAUGAUUGGGAAUGGCUAAGAAAAUUUUUUUACAACCAUAUUUUAGAAUCUUUUGAUAGAAAGGUACGGUUUCUUUGGUUUUUGAUUAAUUAUGAAUUUAUUUUCAUUGUGGAGCUAUUUAGUUUAGAAAUUGUAAUGGUUGGAUCAUUUGUUAAUUUGGUAUUUAAAAGUUAAAAUGUUUAACUUAAUUCUAAUAAAUUUUUUUGUUUUAUUCUGUUAAUACAGGAGCAAUGUAUUACUCACAAAGUAAAUACUUUUGAUGUAUUACAACAGAAGUAUUUAAACUCUAAGUUCUUACAUUAUAGUAUUGCUGAUUCAUCAAAUUUCAGUAAUAAUAAUCAAUUACCAAACAAAAUUUUACCAAGCCCAUCUUCUUCGGUAAAGUAAUCUUUUUAUUUUUAUUUUUCUAUAUAUUCACUUAAAUUAUUGUUUAUUGUUAAACUUUAAUUAAAUGAUAAAUACUAUUUAUAGUCAGCUCCUCCUUUACCAGAACCUACACCUGAGGAAGAAUUUCCAGAUGAUCCUAAAACCCAUAGGUUAUUUAAUCAAAAUGUUUUAUGGAAUUUUGAAGACUUGCGAAUGUUACUCGGUACAGACUUACCAAUUUUUGGAGGUGGUACUUAUCCCUGUUUAAGUUUAAGAUUAAGGUAAUUAAGAUUUAGUGUAAUUUUUAAUAUUUUUUUUUAAGCUUAAUUUUUUACUAAAUACAAAUAAUACUAUUAUUGUUUUAUAUUAUAUUAUUCAAUUUAGAGAUAUGUCAAAACCUAUAAGUGUGCUUACUGGAAUUGAUUAUUGGCUAGAUAAUCUGAUGUGUAAUGUUCCUGAAGUUGUAAUGUGUUAUCAUUUAAAUGGCAUUGUUCAAAAAUAUGAAUUAGUGAAGACUGAAGACUUGCCAUAUUUGAAUGACUCAAAAUUUUCACCAAAAGUUAUUAAAGAUGUUGCACAAAAUAUUUUGUCAUUCCUAAAGUCAAAUGCUACUAAAGCCGGACAUACUUAUUGGUUAUUUAAAGGUAUACAUUUAUUAUUCAAUUUUUAUAAUAUAAAAUGAUUAACUUCACUUUAAGCAUUAAAUUCCAGGAAAAAAUGACGAUGUAGUAAAACUUUACGAUCUGACAUCUUUAUGUUCUGAAUCAUUAGUUGAAGGACGUUGUGAAGGCCAAAAUCCAUUUACCGUCCCUGUGGCUAUGUUGUUAUAUCGAGUUGCUCGUAAUUUAAAACAUAAUCCAAAUGAUAGCAGACCAUCUAGUCCAGUUACUAUCCAAAUUUUACUUAAUAAUUGUUUAAAAUUAUUAAAUAAAACUAAAUAUCCUCAGGUAUUAUUAAAAAUUAAUUGUUUGUUUUUAUUUUACUUAAAAAUGUUUAAACAUUUACAGAUUGUUACCUCUGUCAACUACAUGUUAUCUGAUCUGUAUAUUCCAGUUAAUACUAAUCCUACAUCACCUAAACUAGAAGAUUUAACUAAUAUGGGUGAAGAAGACUCUCUUACAUCUCAUGUUGAUUCCGAUGAUGAUUCAUCAUUUGGUGUUGACUAUGAAAAUCCUACAUUUUGUGUUGAUAUACAUGAUUUAUGUUUAUCGCAUAAGAAAGAAAAGAAAUCUAAAAGUAAUUAAUUCAAUAAUAUGUAAUAUAUUUAAGUAAUGAUAUUUAUAUUAUUAUAUUUCUUUGUAUUAUUAUUUCAGAAUCUAAAUACCCUCCAUCAGAACCUGUAGUGAAAACAUUAGAAGAACGUUGUCAAAAGGCAUUAUACCAUGUUGGGUGUGGUUUGAGUUGUUUACAAUUUUUCAAGAAUCUUAAUCCACAAUUUGUAGAUGAAGAAAAUGUGGUUUGUAAUAACAUAUAAUUUUUUAUAUAUUUGAUUUUAAAAAUAUUUAUAAUUUAGAAAAAGACCGAAGAUGAAUCUAAAAUGGCAGCGUCCUCUGAGGCUAUACCUAUGCCAUAUUUUGUUUCUGAAGGAAAUCAAAAAAUCAAAAAUGAUGAAAAAAUUAUUAACAAGGGUGUUAAAAAUAAAAAUCGAAAACGUAAUAAAAAUACUGUAGUUGUAGAAAACAACGAAGACAGUAAAAAUGUGUAAGUAAAACUAAUUUUAAAAAGCUGUCCUAGGAUAAUGGAGAUAGGUGCAGCCACUUUUCGAUGAGAAGUUGAUAGGUAGGAGAGGGGAAAUUUAAUGUAUAUCUAUGUCUACACAGCAAUUAAUCAUUGCUAACGAAAAAAGAUUUCUGAGUAGAGUUUGGUUGAUGGUGUUGUUUUGUCAACAAUAUAUAUGUUAUAUUAUGGUAAAAUAAUUGACAUAUAUAUUAUGUAUGUUCUUUAAUAAUAUUUGUUUAAUAUUGUACCUAUUUUCUGUUUUCCCAGUUUUUCACUUUUAUUGGGACAAUCAAAAAUUGACCUCCCUAAAGUACCACCCCAGUCACAGAUUUCCUUUCAGAAAAAGUUCUUUAUAAUUGUAAAUUGGAGCAAAAUUGCUAGUAGGAAAUUUGUUCACAGGAAAAAAAAAUAAACAUUGUAAAACCAAUAUAUUCCUCACUUCACUCAGAAUCUAAAAUAAACCAAACCAUUAUUAAGGAAUUGAAAUAUAUGUUUUUUUCUGUUUUUAGACCUAGUACAUUACUUUGUAAAUCUUUUGCUGAAACUAUGCCAACUUGGCAUAAUCCACCAGAUGCUAAAGACAGUAUUUCGUGGAAAAAACACCUCAGAGUAUUACUUUGUGAAAAAGCAUGUUUAUCAUAUGCUGCAUUAGCUGAACAUGAGUUUACAUGCGCUAAGUAAAAUAAUUGAAAUAUAUUUGAAAUGGGAAUUUAUCACAUAUUUGUUUAUUUUAUUAUUAUAGGUAUGGAAGAGCAUUGAAACAUUUCCGUUCUGUAUUUGAAUGCCGGUUAUGUAUUAUAAAUACUACUAAUAUCCAUGACCUAUUUGGAUUUCUGUUAGGGCGUUGUGGUGAUUGCUGUUUGUUAAUUGCCCAAAAUUGGGAUAAAGCCCAACAGUAUAUAAAUGAGUUAGAAAAUGAUGAAAAGUAUGAUUUAGAAAUAAAAGAAGCAUUACAUGAGGAAAGUGAAAAUGGCACACAAAAAGGUAAUUUAUUUAUGCAUUAUACUACAUUUGUUAAAAUAGUUUAUAAGAUUAUUUUUAAACUAAAUAACAAAAAAAAAAAAAAAAUCCAAAAUAAUAAAAAUCAUUAUUGUAUUAAUUGUUUGUUCCUGGUUUUUUUUUUCUAAUUAUUAAUGGAAAUAAGAAAAUUACUUUUUGGUGCACAAAAUAAACACAAUUUGUUACCAGAAAUCAUUCCUAAUGUUGAUGAUUGGAGUAAGAUUUCUGGUAAAAAUUGUUUUUAAGAUUGUAAAAUAAAAAAUACUAAAUUAAUUUUAUUAUUUAAUAAUGAUAUAGAUUUUAAUUUAAUACCAAGUCACUUAAAUUCAAAAGAAGAUUUAUUGAAUGCUGCUGCAAAUUGUUAUGGGCGUUCUUUGGAAUUGGAAACAAAUGAUAAGAAUAAAAAUAAUCUAAACAGACGAAUUGGUAAUGUUUACAAUGAAAUCACUUCAGGUUACAUUGAUGAAAUAGCAAGUAAGUAAUACAAAAUAACCAUAAUUAAUAAUAAUUAGAGUCUGGAUUUAAUUGCCCUAAAAAUUAUACAAAUAGUCAAAAAUAUUCUAUAAAAAUAUCUAAAAGUGAAAUAAUAUGUAUAUUAAAUAAAUAUAUAAAUAAAAAAUUAAUUAAUUAAUUAAUGCUUCGCCUGGAGUAUUAUGAUAAGUGUAUUAUACAACUGGUUUUAAAUUAAAAAUUCAUCAUUAGAUACAUCACAGUCAAAAUAUAAAACGAAACUGAAUAUAAAAAAAUUAAAUGAAGGAAUACAUAGAAAAAAAAUUAUACAAAUUGGUUGUUUUACAUAGAAUAUAGAAAUAAUUCAUUUUAAUAGGAGAGAUCAUUUAAAAUUAAUUAUUAUUAGACAUAGAUAUGUUAAAAAAUAUAAAUUAUUUGGUUAUUAUUUAUUAUCUAAAAUGUAUUGAUAUAAAUUAUUUGGUUAUUAUUUAUUAUCUAAAAUGUAUUGAUAUAAGGUAUUUUUAAAAUCGAUUUAAACAUUAAAAUAUUCUUAAAAUUAUUUUUCUUUAUUUCAUUGUGUACGUGCAAUUCUUCUAAAAGUGAAUUCAUGUAAAUCACUUUAUUUUUUUACGAGUAUUAACCACUUUAAUAAUUUUGUUUUUACUUUAUUUUAUGAAAUAAUUUCCUUGAAAGUGCUCUAAAAAUUGAAAGAGAGCAAAAAUUACAGAAUUUAGUUUCAUUUUUGAAGUAUUUGUUACAUGAAUCAAAUUAUGUACAUGGAAAAUAUUGUCUUAGAUCACCUCCAAAAAUUAUACUUUACAUUAAAAUCCAAGCCCUAUAAUAAUAUAGUAAUACUAUAUUAUUUGUUAUUAUUUUAUAAUAUUUAUAAUUAAAUAGAUAUUUAUUUUUAUUUUUAUGUUAAUUUUGUAGCUGCCUUACGUAAUAAAAUUGAAUUGAUUCCUUCGAGAUUACAAUGGCUGUUAAAACAGUCUGAACAUUAUUUGUCUAUGGGAAUUGAUAAAUUUGAGAACACUGAUGAUCUGAUUAACCUUGCUUUAUUAUAUUCUAAUAUGGGCCGUUUAUACAGACAUGUAUCUUAUUAUUCAUCACAGUACAUGAUUUCUUAUGGAGAAUUCAUAAAGGAUGAGGAUUUUACUAAUAAGGUUAGAUAAAAUAUUUUAAUAAGUAUAAAAUUUUUUAAAUAGUAAUUGUAUGGAAUUUUAGGCUGUGGAAAGCUACAUGAAAGGUUUGGCAGUAUUGGGUAACCGCCGUUUCAAUCCACAACUCUGGGAUAUGGUUUGUUGGGAUUUGUCUACAACUAUUUACAAUAUGGCUAUACAGUCUCAAGAUGAUCCAUCUGCAUAUAGUGUAAGUGUAGUGUUUUUAGUAAUUGGGUUCAUUCAAAUUUAAUCAGAAUUGUAUGGCAUAUUUAGGAUAGGGUUGAAGCUGAAAAAGAAGUUAUUAGUUUACUUUUGAAAGCCUUGAAAUAUUGUGAUUUGGAAAAUGAUUCGUCUCGUAGAUUGUUGUAUGAGUUCCGAGCAGCUUAUAUUCAUGAUCGGCUAGCUUCCUUGUAUCAUAAUCGUUUAAGGUAACUUAAGCAUUGUAAAAAAAAAUGUUAUAUAUUUUAGAAAUAAUUUGUUGUGUUUUGUAAUUAAGUCUGGAAUUUUUUUUUUUAAUUUUCCCAAUAUAAUUUCUAAAUAUUUUGUAAAUUAUUUUUAAAAUAAACAUCAUUAUUAUAGUAGUCAUGAAAGGUAAGCAUAAAAAAAACAUUAUUUUUUGAAACAGUAAAAAUAAUUUUAUUAUUUGAUCAUUAAACAAUUUAUUAUUCACAAAUUUAUUUUCUAUAGAAACUAGCGAAACAAUUCAAAUGAAAGUCCUAGUUUUUCAAGAUAAUUUUAUAAUUUUCAGACUAAACUUUACUCAUAGAGUUAUCCCCGUUAAACUAGUAUAAUAUUAAUAUUUAUAUACAAUACUAAACAGCAAGUCAUUAUCAAUAAUAAAUAGACAUACUUCACACAAUGGGUGGACCACUGUUGUAGGUUAGAAGUUUGGUUGGUAGAGGGAAAAUUGAAUGUUUAUAGAUAAUGAUUAAUUAUUGCCAAUAAAAAACUAUUCUGUUAUACAUAUUUUAGAAGGUUGUAAUAUUUAUGAUUUGAAAAUAAUCCAUUUUGUAAAUUUUCCUGUGUUUUCUAUAUUUUUUCCAUUUAUUAUGAAAACCUCUGGGAAAAUCUAGAAAUAACCUUUCUUAAGUAUCAUCCCGUCAUAUUACCUUUUAGAAAAAGUGCUAUAUUUGAAAAUCUGAGCCAAAUUUUUGGUGGAAAAGUUGUUCUCAGAAGAAAAAUAAACAUUGUAAAACCAAUACAUUCCUCCACUCAGAAUCUAAAAUAUAGAACAUCCUAAUAAUGAAAAAUCCAGUUUUAAAAUAGUAUAAAUUAAAAUGUGACUAUUAUUCUGUUACCAUAUGGUCACACUAGUUCAAUUGUUUUCAACCAGGUUGACAUGUCACCCGGGGGUGAUAUGGAUUCAUGUGGAGAUAAUAACAUGCAUUAUGCAUAUUUUGAUGACAGGGCGACAGUUUCGGAUUAUCGUGGGCAAGGGUGACAUGAAUCUAAAAAAGUUGAGAACCACUGCACUAGGCCUUAACGGGUUAAUAAUAAUUAACUAUAUGUUAAAUAUUAUUAUUGAAUUUUGGAUAUUAAACAUGUCUAUAUUUAUUUGCCAGAUGUUCAGAAGUAGAUGUUCCGAAGUUCAAAACUACUCUUCAUCAAUGUAUGUCCCAUUAUAAUCGAGCAUUUGAAAUGUUUUUUAAAAUGGAUCGUCCAUUAGAGUGUCUUGAAAUUCUUAUAAAAACCAUUGCAUUGGAUGAGCUGCAAAUUGACAGUAUGUAGUAUGUUAUAUUUUACUGUAAUAUUUAAUAAAAAAGUAUUAUUAUCACUUUUAGGUGCAACAAACUCUCAAUCUAAAGUAAAAUUUAUUAUAUCUAUUACUCAAACCUUGGGAAAAUGUGUCAAUGUUUUGAAGAUGUUAUCUGAAAAUAAUUCUGAAGACGAAAAAAAUAAAUAUUUAAUUGAUAGUAAUACUCCUGACAAAAUUGAGCAAACUGGUAGUGAAGAUGACCAAGACGGAGAGUAUAAAAAGAAAAAGUUGUUAAAUCUAUUAGAAGAGAGAUUGCAACAUAUUUUGAAAUGUAUGAUUAAGCUAGCUAUGGCAAAAAUAUCUAAGUGAGUGGCCAAGAAAAUAACACUUUUACAGCAAGGUGUCUUUUAUAAGUGACAUUGGUGUAUCUUUAUAUAGACCGAUGUAUGUAGCAUGUUUAAUAUAGGAUUUACAGACUCCAGUUUAUUUUAACAAACUUGAUAAUUUUUUGAUUUAUUUAAAUGUUAUCUAAGGUAUUGAUUUUUAUAGUGUGUUCAAACUUAGAUAAUUAAGUACUAGUAAUAUUGAGACUAUUGAUUUAAUAAAGAAUCAUUUAAGUCAUGAUCUAAACAAAGGCCACUUAAAUUCACCCCCUUGCCUUAAAUGUGUUUUAAACAUAAUAUUAAUAUAAUAUGUAAUUUUAUUUAAACUUUUGUUUUUUUCACUUGUAACAGGUUGGCCAACAAAACAAGCCAAUUGAAAACAAUCUAUGGAGAAUUAUUGAGAAAGAAUGAUAAAGCUGAUGAUUACUCACAUUUACUUGGAGUCGUAACACAAAUAUCCAAAUUAAAUCUGUAAUGAGAAUGACUACAAAAAUAUUUACAGAAUACAGUUUUUGGUAUUAUCGCCAAUUACUAUUUGUCAAUGAAUAUUUUUAUUAGGAUAAUGAAGUAAUAGUUACUAUUUUUUUUAUACUUAUAUACUAUUAGUUUUGUUCCUUUUUAAUAAAAACUUUUAUAAUUUUUCAUGGAAAUUGUAUUAUAUUACAGUAAUUUGAAACAGUUUAUGCUGCUGUAUCAAAUAUUUAUUCAUGUGAAUUAUAAACAAAAGAAUAUACCAACAUUUUUUUGUCUUAGUUUAAUGGUUAGGAGUACAUACAUUUUUCAUAUUUAAUAAUGUUCAUUUCAUUAAUUUGUUGUGUGUAGUUAAAAAGUUAAAAAAAAAAUUACAAUAAUUGAUCAAUACGUUUAUUAUUAUAAUAAAAUAUAACAAUAAUUUUUUGUUACUUAAUAUACCAAUUUGUUUCGUUUACAAUAUUGUGUUUGAAUAUUUGUACAGAUAAUGGUAAAAUUAUUAAAAUUACUUUAAGCAUUUUCGAAUGAUAGGUGUAUAAAUUUAUUAUUAUAUUUUUAAAACUUGUGAGAUAUUGUGACUAUUAAAGAAAUUUACAUACUUAUGAUUUUAAUAUACAUUAUAUAGGUACAAUCACUGAACAUGUAUGAGAAAAAGAGAAUACUAUAAUAUUCAUGAUAAUAGCACCGAUGAGAAAAAUAAUUGCAACUAGAACGAAUAUAUCACUUGUAUGAUAAAUAUAAUAUUAAUAUUAUUUCGGCUUAUAAUGACAAGCUGUAUUCAGUUCGUUUAAUUAUAGAUAAAAGAAAACAUUUAUUAUACUAUCAUAAAAAGAAAAUAAAUAAUAAUACAAAUUAACUGAAAAUAAAUAAUAAAUAAAAUGUACAUGAUUAUAUUAUUCUCAAAAAAGAAAACAUUAAUUUAAAUAUUGUAAUCAAUGAACGGUAUAUUUUUUAACAUUAUUAGGAACAUAAUUUUGUUUUUACUACUUUAAAAUAUAAUAUUAAUAAUUAAAUAUAUUUAACUAAACAAAUUUUAAAUAAAUAAAAAUCACAACUACAACAGAAAACAACGAUAAUUGCCAUGGUCCCCAAGACAAUAAUAGGUUAGUGCUAAACACGACUACUAAUCGUCUGGAGCCGGCGAAAGGGGUUCGACUUUUGCAGGAGAAAGUGGUUCGAUCUUCAACGGCGUCGUGGACAUCAAUAGUGCUGGGUUGGUGACGGCUAUUAUGUUACCUCCGCUUGACGAUAUAACCUGCUUAUAAACGGUAACUGUAUUAUAACUAUCAAUCUUGGUUGAUAC